UCAUAAUAUCAAUUUACUUUCAACAGUUAACAUCAAUUUCAAUCUAAAUCACUCACUGAUUAGCUCUCCAUGUGAGUUAAUUGGGAAUCUCAAUGAUUAACCCUAACCAGAGUUAUAAUUAGCUAAUAGUAACAAUUUAUUAAUCUCUCAGCAAAAUAAACACCUUAUCCUCUUGUUGCUUUUUUUAAUUCACUUUUUGUCUGUUCAGUUUUCACUUAAUUGUUGAAGAGUCAGCAUCAAUUGUUACCUUUUAAAACCCUCAUCAUCAUUAUUAUUAAUAUAAAUUAUCACUAUUUAAUUGUGUUAAUACAUCAUCAAGAUCACAACAAUCAAGUUAAUCACAACAUUUUAAGUGUAAAUUAGUGAAAACAUCAAAUCACAACAACAACAACUCACAUCGUUUAAUAACCAACAACAACACAAUUAGUUAAUUUGGUGACAAUAUCUAAAUUGUAAAUCAAUAACUAAUCAAUUUCUUUGGUUAAUUAUUGAUCAGUUUACCAACUUAAUCAUUUCCCUCAAUUUGUUGCAGAAAAACGGAAAUCCAAUUGUAACUGUUAAUCGUUGAAACAAUUGGAAAGAUUAACUUGACAAUUUAAGUGUUUCUACUUAAUUAAAUUACUACAAUGAAUCAAAUUAAUUGGAUUGCUUGGAGAUUAGUAUCGUUUUUAAUUCAUCUUUGUGUAACAAUAAUCUAUUUCUAUGGCUUAAUUGCUGCCGAAUUAACUUAUCAUGAUCGAACCAAAGAUUCAAUUGAACCAAGUUGGGCUCGAGAUUGGAAAUUUUUAACAAGAUGGAACUUCAUGAUGCAGUUAAUUUUAAUGACCUGUCUUCUUGCAAUUGAUUUAACAGCAAUUGGUAAAUUAAUUUUACACCGACGAUCUAAUUGUUUAGAUCUAUCUGGUCAUAGUGACAAGAAGCAUUCAUCAAUUGUCCGACAAUUAACUUUAAUCACUGACCAGAUGAUCUUCUCAGUAGCUUUUCCAGUGGCAAGUUUUGUCACAAUUACUUUUUGGAUAUUAAACUCAAUGGGACCAGGAACAGUUACCAAUGGACCAAUUAAAUAUAUUUGGCUUAAUCAUAUUGUGCACACGAUGGUUGGCCCAGCAAUACUGAUUGAAUUGUUAAUCACUCCACAUAAAAGACCCAAACAUCAUUUAAGAUCAAUGUUAAUCUUAAUCGGCUUUGUGAUUACCUUCAUUUUUUGGCUGUUUUUUGUUUACUUUUACAUUGAUUUCUGGUUGUACCCGAUUUUGGGUAAAUUGGGUACUUUUGGUAAGACUGUAUUCAUUUCUGGUUGUGUUGUUAUGCUGUUGACACUUUAUUGGAUUGGCAUAGCAAUUAGUAAAUUGUUCUGGUCAGAUGAACGAACCAUAUCAUUUAAUAAUCCACCUCGACCAUUGAACCAUUUGGAUACAACAAUUAUGACUGGCAUGUCUCAGAAUUAUAAUCCAGAAUGAGAAAUAACAAUCAACAAGUUAAUUGUUGUUGUAUUAGUUUAAUUGUAAGAAAAUCUAAAAUCAUCAAUUCAUAAUUUAGCUACAUUAAUCAUCAGAAUUAAGUUAAUUUGUCUAUUUCUUUUUCCUUUGCUAAUUAUUUUAAACAUCAUUUGUAAAUAUUGACAUUUAACUUACAACUGAAUUAACAAUUAGCUCUUGAUCUAAUUAA